AUGGAGGGGAUACACGGAGUAGACGUCAGCUGGCUACAUCACUCGAACAAAGAUAACCAACAACGCGCGCAUCCGCCCACCGCUCCGGCCGCAGCGCGAGAUUCUGCGCCUCCAGCUACCAACGGCUCGCAAGCCGCUGCCACCGCCGCCGCCCCGCCCGCGCCUUCGCACACCACCGAAUCCCCGAAGCCGGAAGAGCCCUCCAAUGGCGUCCACGACGUGAAGGAGCAAGUAGAGGAGAAGCCAGCGGCCGCCGCGCAGCCAGAGGCGAACAAUGCCACGAGCCAACCGAAGCCGAUACAGAAGCGUCCGUCUCUGCUGGGCCGCAGCGCCUCCGAUAAGUCCGGCACGACCCCGCCCGACUCGCGGUCUCAAUCGAGGAGGGGCUCGUGGGUUACGAGCAUAGCUUCCAAGUUUUCCUCAUCGCAGCAGGCCGUGAACCACGCCAAUGCCACGAACGGCAGCAAUGCGCCGAAUGGCAAGCCGCAGGUCAACGGCGGUGGUGGUGGCGGUGGUAGCGGCCUACCGCUUAUCAACCCGUACUCGCCCGGUCUCGGCACCCCCACCCCACCCACCAAUGGCCAGCAACAGCAUCAGCACGGCGAGGAUAUGGAACCCUACGUACCACAGCCGCCCGAGACGUCACGGGUGUCAUUCCUGUCGAAUGCCUUGAGACGCCUCUCUUCGGGAUCGCAGGCGCCGCCGCCGAGCAAGGUUACUGGCAACGGAGGCAUGUGUCCUCGACGGGUCAUGAAUAUCGAUCACAAUCGCGAAAGAUGUCUCGUGCCGGAAUUGGACAGCUCGAAGCUGCGGAGGGUUGCCUUUUGCGUCGAUGUGGAAAUCGCUGGCGCACCGCGGUACAAAGAAGACGGCGACUCUCCAGAACGGAAGAAGCGGACCAUGACGAAAGAUAAGAAGCUGAAGGAGCGGGGCGAAGGCGAGGCGUUGAAACAUCCAGACGCUGUUGCAUGCCAGAAAGAGAAGGAUGGCGUGGUUCAGGUCAGCAACGAAGAGGUGGGAAAUGACGAAGCGCCAAACCCGGAAGGUACGGUAAUUGAAGGCGAGGACAAGAAGGGGGAGUCCAGCAAUAAAAAGAAGGAAAAGAAGAAGAGGUCGGAAGCGGAGCGGAAGGAGCGGAAGGAGAAGAAAAGACGAAAGGCGGAAGAGAAUGGGUCCGUUCCAAUGGAGCUGACGCGAGAUGACGACGGGGGAAGCUCGACGCCACAAUCAGCGGAUACCAAGCCGUCAAAGCCUCAAGAUCGCCCGACGACGGACCCGCUGAGAAUAUACCGCAGAUGCUGCCAAUUGAGAGAAACGCCGAUUCUGAAGCGGAUCAGCGAGCAACUUCAGGAGGCAGCAAGAGGUCCCAUCGAGACUCCCGGUGUUGUCUCUUGCCUGAAUCUUACGGGCUCAAGGUUGACACUGGCGGAUAUGAAUACACUUGGUGACUGGCUUGCUGUGGUUCCGGUCAAGAAGCUGCUCUUGGAAGACUCGGAACUCACGGAUGAAGGAUUGCGCGUCAUUCUUGCGGGGCUGCUAGCCGCCAAACCUCCGGACUAUAACAAACGCUCAUCCGUCUCUACGAAAACAGACUCAACCAAGAGCUUCCAGGAAAGGACGGGCGUCGUGGAGAAACUCAGCCUCAAGAAUAACCCAAGGAUCACACGAGAAGGAUGGAAACACAUCAGUCUGUUCAUCUACAUGUGCCGGUCACUCAAAGCAUUGGACGUCUCUCACAUCCCGUUCCCGCAACCGCGCGUACCCCCGAAGAUCCAUCCAUCGGAACAGAAGAAGCAGAUCAAAGUGCCGGUCGACGACAUUGCGGAAAUCUUGAAUAAAUCUGUGUCGGAACGGCUCGGUGGCGCUCAUCUGGAGGAGUUACUGAUGACGGAAUGCGGAUUGAAUGCUCAGAACAUCCGCAAAAUCAUUGAUGGUGUCAUCGUCAGCGGCAUCCAAAGGCUAGGGCUUUCCAACAACUCCAUCGAUGCAGAGGGUAUAGAGCACGUCGUACGAUAUCUCCGCUCUGGCGUAUGCCACGGCUUAGAUUUGGGCGGAAAUGACUUGCGCGACCGAAUGCAGCAGCUUUGCGAAGGUCUGCACGACAGAUGUCCCCUGUGGGCACUGAGUCUCGCAGACUGCAACCUGUGUCCAGAUUCGGUAAGGUUACUAUUGCCGAAACUGGUGCAGCUGCACAACUUCCGGUUCAUUGACCUGUCGCACAACCGCGAUCUGUUCGCGAUGGACCCCAGCGCAUUGGCCAUCCUGCGAAAGUACCUUCCUCAGCUUCACUACCUGAAGAGAAUUCACUUGGAGGAUGUAUCGAUCACCGCUGCUCAAGCUAUUGGAUUGGCGGAAGUGCUUCCGGAGUGUCCUCAGCUGGCCCAUCUUACCAUGUUGGAAAACCCAGAGAUUACCUCGCUGGCAUCUGCAUCGGACGAAGCAUCCCAGGAAGAAGCCUGCGCACUCUACGCAUCUCUGAUGGUCGCCGUCAGGGUCUCGGAGUCGAUAAUAUGCGUCGACGUUGAUGUGCCUAGUCCGGAGUCAAGCGAAGUCGUCAAGGCUCUUGCCAAGCAAGUGGUCGCUUACUGUCUUCGGAACAUGGAGCGUGCUACAGCGCACGAGACUGCUGCUCUGGCCGAGAGCGCUCCUGGUGCUCCCGGUGCCACGGCUAGCGGUGCCGAGAAUGUUGAAAUUCCCGAAGUGCUCCUUCACCUGGUUGGACACGGAGAAGACUCUGACGAUAGUGACGAGGACUCUGCCGCGCCCGAUGAGGACUACAUUGUAGGAGGCACCGGGUUGGUCAAGGCGCUUAACUACUGUCUGCUUGAGAAGGCGUCCGACAACCUCAGGCGGAAGAGCAUGCCCGGCAGUCGUCCCGGCAGCGGAGCCGCGACUCCACGCAGCUCGAGCAGGCUUGGUAACCGCGAACAGCGCUCGGCGAAGGCCAAGAGUAUGUCAAAGGAUCUGCUGGCCAGCGCACGCAAGAUCAGAGCACGCCUUCAGCCCGCGCUGGCCAGAGAGGCGCGCGCCGGCGACGAGAUGGCCUACAAGCGGCUGAUGUUCCUGGACAACACGCUGCAGGGCAUCAUCCAGCGCUUCGAGGACGAGUACCCGGAGUGCCGUGUCCACCACCACCGCCCACCCACCGCGUCCGAGAUCUCGGCCGCGCUGGCCAACUCGAUCGGCUCCCUUUCCUCCGACCGCUCGACGUCCAACAACAACGACAACAACACCGCCACGUCAUCAACGCCGUCCAAGAACGACUACACCGCGCACCACACCGGCUUCACCGCCUUGGCCGACAGCGGCUCCGAAGACGAGCAGGACCUGCCGCCGCUGGGCCUGCGCUCGCGCCACAACUCGGACGUGUCGCUGGCCAGCCGUGCCCAGACCCUCGAAGAGGGCCGCAUCCACAGGCUCGGCCAGUCGGUGCGGCGGGAGAUCCUGCGGCCGGCCGGGGACCGGCUGCACGGCACUACGCGCGACGACGACGACGACGACGACGGUGCGACGGAGGAGGAGCGCGAGCCGGAGCACCUGCGGAUGUUGCGCGACCAGCUGUCGCAGCUCAGCGGCGGCGAACUCCGCGACAUGGUUGUGCACGACGGCUGGGAGGAGACGGUGCGCAAGAUCGGGGCGAACGCGCAGGAGCUGCGCGAGCUGGCGCGUGAGCGGCCCGACGAGUUUGAGCAAUGGAAGGAGACGCAGAUUGCGGCGCAGGUCAAUGCCGGGAUGGACGUGCCGGAGCGGCUGAGGAAGAAGAGCGGGACUGACAAGACGGGAGACGAGUGCGCGAUCGAGGAAUAA